GCGGCGGGGGCGGGGCGCGCGCGCGCGCCAACGGCGUGAGGUGAGGGGUCGUGAGGGCGGGCGGUGGUUGAAGAAGAAGAAGGAGGAGGAGGCGGCGGCCCAUGUGGAGCGGUCCCAGGAGCGGGAGGCUGAGCCGCUCGAGCUGCCCGGCCCGAGGAGCCGGUGGAGGAGGAGGGAAAGGCCCAAAUCGAGUCGUCGGGCCCUGCGCGCUGCUAGCGGGGACGCAGGGAACGGGCAGGCCGCGCCAUGAAGGGUAGCCGGAUCGAGCUGGGAGAUGUGACACCCCACAACAUUAAGCAGCUGAAGAGGCUAAACCAAGUCAUCUUUCCUGUCAGCUACAACGACAAGUUCUACAAGGACGUACUGGAGGUUGGCGAGCUAGCCAAAUUAGCCUACUUCAAUGAUAUUGCGGUGGGAGCAGUGUGUUGUAGGGUGGAUCACUCCCAGAACCAGAAGAGGCUGUAUAUCAUGACACUUGGAUGUCUGGCACCCUACCGACGGCUAGGAAUAGGAACUAAAAUGCUGAAUCACGUCUUAAACAUCUGUGAGAAAGAUGGCACUUUCGACAACAUCUAUCUGCACGUCCAGAUCAGCAAUGAGUCAGCAAUUGACUUCUACAGGAAGUUUGGCUUUGAGAUCAUUGAGACGAAGAAAAACUACUACAAGAGGAUAGAACCCGCAGAUGCUCAUGUGCUGCAGAAAAACCUCAAAGCCCCUUGUCUUGGCCAGAACGCAGAUGUGCAAAAGACCGACAACUGAACAAAACCCCAAUGAACACUUUCUUGCACUUGCUUGUCGCCAAAUAAGGAAAGAGAGGCCUAUUGAUAAUUUUUUUUUUUUAAUUACACACCUUCAUUGUCAUCCUCUUAUUUUUAAUUUUUUUUUAUCUUGACCUCUCUCCAACAAAAUGUAAUGCUUCUUCCAAGGAUUGUCAGAUCAUGUUUGGGGUUUUUUUUUUUUUAAGGUGUUUUUUUUUGUUGUUGUUGUUGUUCUGAUUGAGGUGGGAAGAGGUGUGCAAAUCUCUUUAGUUUGAGGUGUGAAGGGCUUGAGCAGGGUAUCCUGAUGACAGGUUUCCUUCAGAGAAUUCUUUCGAUAAGCAGAAUGUAAAUCUGAGGGGGAGAAAAGGAAAAGCAAUAUCUUGUCCUUUUGACUUCUGUAUUAUUUUUAUAACCUACAGGGUACUUUACUCCCCCAGCCUUUGAGUGUUAUUUCAAUACUUCCCACUCUUCUUCCUAGUUCCCCCCCACCUCAAGAAAGUACGUAGUUCUUCCCAAUAUUUUUUGAGUAUGGCUUUUUCCUCCAUCAUUUGCUGAGAAGGGCAGGCUACUUUACCAUACUUUUUCACUCUGCCUAGGCUGAUAUUUUUGAAUGUUUGUUUUGUUUUUUUUUUUUUUAAAUCUCACCCAAGCUGGUGCUACAUUUCUUAACUGACUGAGGAGGGUUUAGAGUGGACUUUGUUUUUCCUUAUCUCCAUUUAUCACAUUCUCAGCAGAUGACUGACAGAGUAAGAGCUAGAGCUAAUGUUGGCAGGAGUAAACCUAUUAAAAAAAAAAAAUCCUGAGGCAAGAUCCUUGCUUUAAAAAUGGGUGAAGUGCUGUAGGGCUCAUUGAGAGUUUUAUCUGUACUGUUGGAAUGGGAAGAGUGACUGUGACCACUUUACCCAUGUUGAUCAUGUAAGGCAAACACCUGUCUCCAGAUAAACUUGCUACAGAUGCUAAACCUGUGGUGACAAACCUGAAAUGAGUCAAGGGUUGAAGAAACCAGGCAGCAAGGCUGAGAAGGCAAACAAGAAUCUGACCCCAAUCACACUGCUUUGCAGGAGUCUCCUGGAUUUUUUUGGGAUUGGCUUGGCUUGCUGUGUUUAUGUGCUUCUUCAGAAGGAGGUGGUUUAAAAACAGUAUGGUUUGCUCUUUUGAAGAUUCUUUUCCUUCUACCCUUCAGCCAUAAUAAUGCAGUUCUCCUCUCUUCUUUGUGGAGCACUGGAGAGAGCAGUGUGUACUAGACCAAUUUGUGGGUUUGGAAAAUAGGCUGAAUGGCUUCUUCCUGGUGCUGUAACCUCAGAAAAGCUACAGCAAACUCUAAGCUCUGCUUUGCAUCCUAUAAUGCUUUCUUUGCAUGAAUCAGUGCUCCUUUCAAUGCACUGUUGCCAGCAAUUCUGUGUAUGCCAAUACAGAUACCAGCUUAAGCUUGGACUUUUCUCCAAGCAUCUGGGGAAGUGCACUGAGCUGAGACAACACCACCCUGCCCUGUUUCCCAAGUAGAUAUUAAACUGCAUUCUUUUCCUGUUUGUUUUCUUUUGAAGUUUGAACCUGCAUCUUGAAUUCAUCUGCUUUGAAAGCCUGCCAACCUCUAGUGCGCAUUGCAGCGUACAUCUUGUUAGCAGGUGCUGUCCAGUCAUUUGAAGGUGAGUUGGGAACCAAGGAUUUCAAGAUGGGAGUUGUGAAGAGGCAAGGGAUGGUACCCCUCAUUGCACACUAUAUGGUCCUUUAUUACCUGGAGGGGUGACUAUACAAGCUGCUCCAGAAUUGCUACUACUUUCCCAGAGGUGUGUAGUGUUAUUGGAAUGCUUCUUGACAGACCUAUGCUGGAAAAUAGCUAUUCUGUUUGCUAGGUUUGCACUAAUUGAGUCUUGGUGGCGGGCAGGUCUCUAACAACAAAAGCCCCUCUGCAUGGCCUGAGCACCUGUGUUUGCAACACUUGGUAGCAGACUCUGGCUAGGAAGCAACAGUUUCUUUGUCCAGAAGCAACCUAGUUUUGACAAAAGCUUAUUUUUAGUACUGCCAGGACCUGCUUGCACUGGUUAUGUUGGCAGUUCUAUAUCUGUCUUGAGGAGGGAAUGUAUUGAAGCACAAUUAGCUUGUCAUAUGCCAACAUAGUUUCCCUGGCCAUCUGUAGAUCAAACCAAGAGAAGUAUGUGGUGGGAGAGAGAUAGUAUUGUACUUGAGGAUGUUCAUGCAGCACAGCUGUAACUUAGACCAUAGCUGCCUCUGGUGCCAAGCGAAGUGCUCUUCAUUCUUCUAGAACUAAAUGGUAAGUGUUUGGGUUGGGUAGAUGGGUGUGGGGAUAUGAAUUCUUAGGAUUUGCUGUUGUCGUAGGCUUCCACAAAUCAGUGUGUUUUGCAGACAGUUUUCCUUCAGGUUUAAAAGUACAAGUCUGAUGUCUGAACUUACUUGGAGUAACCUUUGUUUCUGUCUCUCUUUGCUUUGGGCUGCCAUCAUUCUAUGAAUGUAUCCCUGAAAACAAUUCUUAGAGCUCCUGUUUCACAGCAAACCUGCCUCAUUGUAACUUCUGAUUAAAUGUGUUGUAAGAAGUGGAAGUGAGAGUGACCACACACGUAAGACUCCUUUUCCAAUCCUGGAAAACGGUUGUUGAAUACAAGGUUUAAUCUCAGUCUCUUAGAAAGCUGUGUUCCCUGUACAUGGAUGAAGGAGAGUGCAGGUCAGUAGUUGUGAACAACAAACAGUUGUAUUAGUAUAUUGGCCGAGUUGGCCAAGAGAAUGCUGCAUCUUAGUACUGUUAUCCGGAGUCACUGAAACUCUGAAGUAUGAGCUUACUGCAGAGAACUUCAGUUACUUCAUAUUUUGCUGCAGCAGGACCUCUUUCUAGCUUGAAAAUAACUGUUUAUGAACAAGUAAACUUUUUUUGAAGUUGGGUGGGAGUUUCAAUGGAGAAAAGAAAAAAAAAACACGCCAGCACUUCUGUUCUGGAUGAGGAUCUAGUGAGAAAAAGGUAUAUGCAACUAGCAGCUUUAGAGAGUUAACUGUGUAUUUACAUAUUAUUCCUGAAUCUCUGCAAUUGGUUUUGUUGUACGUGGACUGAAGCAUGAUAUCUACAGAGAGACUCCUGCUGGAGGACACCAUGGUACAGGGGAAAAAGAUUCAUCCAGGAGAGAUAUCCCUCUUUUUUGGGAGGGGGAGGGGAGAGAAUUUAUUUUGUGUAUACAGAAACUGGCUGAGUUUACAUGAUGCAGCUAAUGGUUGAAGUUGCCAACUAAAUAUGACAUACUGUUACAAUUGAAACAAACUUCUGUGAUAUUUUGGUAAUUCUUGAUGGUGCCCUGUGAUGUCUAGUAAAAAUUUGAUCUCCUAAACAUCCAUUGUUACGUUCUCCCCCAUGUUGUAAUCCAGGGUCAGCUGCUAUGCAUAAAGUCUGUGUUUCUGUAAAGUGUUUGCUGACUUGGAUGUUUCUUUUGAAUCUGCAACUGCUUUCUGAUUAAUCUGGCUAAGACCACCCCUGGUCUCUUGAGUUUAAAUUUAGUUAAAGGUAUGCUGUUUGCAGUUGGCAAUUGCAUUCUCAACGUUACAAAUUAAGUUGCAGGGGAAGCAAAUUCUUUACCAACGAGUUGGUCCGUUAUUAUCUAUAUCAUUGCCCUUGUACAUCAGAAGCAUGUUUUUGUUUUUCUCAGACUCUUUAGAAAUACUGUUCAGAAUAAACGUGCACUAUUUGAGUUAUGUCAA